GGGAGGGGGAAGCGACCGGCGUCCGCCUCUGCCACUGCAGCUGCAGCCCCCGAUGUCGCCGCAGUAAUCCGCGUCUGGCAGCACCCGCACCCUCGGCAGCCGCAGCCUCAGCACCGCAGAGCGGAGCCCGGAGCCUGUUGCCCAGCAGGAUGGCUGUAGCUCCUCCGAGUUACUGUUUUGUGGCCUUCCCACCGCGUGCUAAGGAUGGUGAGGUGGUAUUUGGGAAGAAUUCAGCCCGGCCCAGAGAUGAAGUACAGGAGGUCGUGUAUUUCCCUGCAGCUGAUCAUGACCCAGAGAGCAAGGUUGAGUGCACUUACAUUUCAAUCGACCAGGUUCCGAGGACCCAUGCCAUCGUGAUAAGCAGACCUGCCUGGCUCUGGGGGGCAGAGAUGGGAGCCAACGAACACGGAGUGUGCAUAGCCAAUGCAGCCGUCAGCACCAGAGAGCCAGCUGCCGAGACGGAAGCCCUGCUGGGGAUGGAUCUGGUCAGGCUUGGUUUAGAAAGAGGGGAAACAGCUAAAGAAGCCUUAGAUACCAUCGUCUCCUUGUUGGAAGAACAUGGACAAGGUGGGAAUUACUAUGAAGAUGCAAGCUCCUGCCAUAGCUUUCAAAGCGCAUAUCUGAUUGUGGAUCGUGACGAAGCCUGGGUGCUCGAGACCAUAGGGAAGUACUGGGCUGCCGAGAGAGUCACAGAGGGAGUGAAGUGCAUUUGCAAUCAGCUGUCACUCACCACUAAGAUGGACGCCGAGCACCCUGAACUCAGGAGUUACGCUCAGAGUCAAGGCUGGUGGACGGGAGAUGGCGAAUUCAACUUUUCUGAAGUGUUUUCUGCAGCUGAUGCUCAUCUAGACUGCUGUGCAGGCAAAGAUAGCUUAGAAAACCAAGAAGAAAGCAUUACUGUGCAGACCAUGAUUAACAUCCUACGGGACAAAGCCAGUGGAGUCUGUAUAGACUCUGAAUCCUUCCUCACCACAGCCAGUACUGUGUCUGUCCUGCCUCAGAAAAGAAGCUCACCAUGCAUUCACUACUUCACUGGGACCCCAGAUCCUUCCAGAUCCAUAUUCAAGCCUUUCAUCUUUGUUGAUGAUGUAAAACUUGUCCCCAAAGCACAAUCUCCUUGUUUUGGGGACGAUGACCCUGCCAAAAAGGAGCCUCGGUUCCAGGAGAAACCAGACCGCCGGCAUGAGCUGUACAAGGCCCACGAGUGGGCACGUGUUGUCCUCGAAAGUGGCCAGGAGCAAGGUCACAAGCUGAGGAAGACCAUGCUGGAACUGGAGAAGCAAGGUCUGGAAGCCAUGGAAGAAAUCCUGACCAGUUCUGACCCCCCAGACCCCACGGAAGUGGGGGAUCUUUUCUAUGACUGUGUAGACACGGAGAUUAAGUUCUUUAAGUGAAGUAAGCAUUCCCUUUUCCCUUCUUAUUUAAAACUUCCCACCUUACUAAAUUACCAGCGAAACAAACCACUCUCCUGUUUGAGUAAAAUGAGAACGUUAAGAUGUGGCCUCCUUUUCUGAAGCCGGACAGGACUGUCUCCUCGUGUUCUGCCUCGAGUCUCACACCCCCCCUUCCUCUGCAGUGUAACGCGUAUCCCAUUUACCUGUCGUUCAGUUGUGUGACUAACUGUGGAUUUAAGCUGCUAUUAUUGUACUUCAGUGACAAUGGACACAUUAGCCUUUUACAGGGGGACUAGAGUUCAUGGGGCCUUGAAAGGCAGGCUCCACAAUGCCGAGCUGGCGGGAAAAGCAAACGCUUUUGAAGUCUCAGUCUCUCUCAGUAGUGGUUUCUUUCAGGUGAACAGAAAGCGUUUGUCUGCACACACAGGCCCCUUGUGUGCGGAGCCGAGGGAGAACCUCCCUGGCUUCCCUCAACCUGCGUGCACGCCUGUGGGGCACAGUGUCCCCGAGGGGUCUUCUGGGGGACAGAAUAAAAGGUGGCUCCCCUCCAAUCCCACCUCCUUCCUGAGUUGUGUGACCCUGAGGAAACUAUCUUCCCUUCACUGUGGUGGGUCUGCUGAACUCCCUGUGUGGGCAGGAGAGCUGGUGUCUGUGAGAGCUGGAACCCACCCACUUUGCAGACUCCAAGUCACCGUGUGGAUCUCUGAAAGGCCCAGCUGCACACCUGCCACAGGCCUUGUGUGGAAGUGAUUCCCGGCCUAGUUACCAGCGUCUUGCCGAGGAUUAUUUGAGUGGCCCUGUGGCAUAGUUCCACCCCACAAAGCUGUGAAUCUCUCAACUAAUGAGGGAAAGAAAAGCAGGAACUCUCUGACUAUUUAGAUUCCAUUUAAAAGUAGCUGGAAUCUGAGCAGUCACUGCAUUAGCUCAGCAGAGAGAUUUUAAUUGAACUCAUUUGUUUCCAAUGUUCACUUAAAGGAUUUGACUUUCCACCAGGGCAUAGAAUAGCAUAUGAGGAAGACCAGAUGGGCUUAGCAUGGGGAAGAAAGAGGGCAAGAAGGCACCAGAUGGAUGUGAAAGCAUUUCUCUACAGGGUACCCCUCAUGCUUCUGCCCGGCCUGCGUAUCCAUAAAUCUGCAUACUGCCGUCCCCAGUCUUCCCCCAGAGCCUUAUAGCUCAUAUGCCCCAGUGGCUGCCUUUGUUCAGACUGGUAGCUGAAGUGGGUAGGUGGUGGCAGUGGUGGGGGUUACCUCUACCUAUUGAAACUCUUAACCACUCCUGGAAUGUGCAGAGAUGGUUUUCAGAAGUGCGUAUUAAUAUAGCAGCUAGUGGGAGGGCACUGUUGGGCCUAACUCUGCUUCAUCAUUCUUGUCAGGACUCUGCAGAUGGAAAUAUUGUGAGUAUCUGUAGUCUCAGAAGUAAGUUAGAGGUAGCAACUUCUCAGCAGCAGUAUCACAGGCCAUGAGAGCUGGCAGGGACCCAGCCCCUCAUUAAAUAGGUGUAAACACUGAACAUCAGAGGGCUUAUCAGAACAAAAAUAUUUUCUACCAGCCCCCCAGAACAUGAGUAUAGGACUGUCACGAGCUUUUUGCUCAGCAGUUCUGUCAAUUCUGCACAUAAAACCAUAACCAUAAGUGGUGAGAGGUGGGAAUAUUUCAGCUGACUAAGUUAGUGGUAACCAAUAAUGGUGGCCUGUCAUUGCCAAAAGAUUUGUGCAAAUUUUGCUUUGGAUUUCACUCCUGAUGAAUUUAGGGUGUCUUCUUGGGUAGAGCAGCCAUUCUGAAGGCACACAUCUGCAGCUGCUACACAGGAUAGGGUGAUGUAGGUACCUGUCCCCUCUCAAGUCCACCUGCUUAGUGGAUGUUUAAAGCAAGAUGAUGCAGAAAUCCACUAUAAAAUUUCAACAUGGUUUCAUGUUGACUUAUUAUGGAAACAUUUCAUCAGACCUGACCUGUCUGAGGCAACUAGAGUGAUUUGGGGUUUGAACAAAAGAUGUCUAGUGAGAAUAAAUUACACAGAGGCCUGCUUCCAAUCCUAUGGGCCAAACCAAGGUCAUGGAUAACCAUGCUGGCUUUAGGUCAUUACCCACUCCAUGCAGUGGGAACAUCAUGGCAACUUCUGUUAGGGGACAUUGAGCUUGAUCAGGCAUCUCAGAAAGGGACCAAUUAAUUGGGCAUUGUCUUGGCUAAUUCAGUGUACACAAUUGUGAUAUCCCUUCUUACCACUAGAGGGCAUGACAGCCCUCUUUGGUGCAACCUGGCAGCCCUUAAGCUGGGUGUGGUCACUCCCAUCAGGCCUGGGGUGGUCUGUGUACCCACUAAGAACUCCAAUGAUGGUGGUGGGACCGACCCAUAGGGAAAGACAAGAAGACAGGAGAGGAUUCUUCUGAUGUGGCAGCACUGUCUUUCAUGACUUUUAUUAUAAACAAUUGGAAAUAUGUUGAAGGAUUUUUGGCUGUUGUAGUAUGAAUUUAAAAACAAGCAAACAAACAAAAAACUCCAGGCAUUUUUGCUUUGGAAAAAUUGCUUUUUACAUGGAUAAUUUCUUGACCAGGGAUUGCUUUUCUGAAGGCAAUAUGGGGAAAAUGAACAUUUUGCCCAAGAGAUAAUGUAUGAAAAGAAUGCUUAAAGGUCACAGUGUGUAAAUAGCAUCCUAGAAUCUCAUUUGUGUAGCUAUUCAGACUUCAGGGGACCUGUGCAUGCUUUGUGCAGAAGGGAGACAUGGCCAGACUGGACAGACUCUCUCCCCCACCCUUGUACCCCAUAACCAGACAAAAGCUAGUGAGUUUUGUCUAGCAGAUGGGAUUUACAAAGAUAGCCCUAAUACUGAAGGACAGAGGCUCCAGUAAAAGUAACUUAGCAAAGCAGAACUAGAGUACCAUUUCGUUCUAGGAGCUGCUUUGAAACUUUAGGUAGAAUAAAGAUAUAACUGAAAUUAUAAAGAUUCUUUAGUACCCAAUAACAUAGGACCCAGUAUUGUUAUUAGAAGGAGGCUUUCUUACAAGCUAACACAGCUGGUAUAUGCCUAUUAGAUUUUAGCAGUGGAGUUCCUUUACUAUUGGGUGAAUAGGUAUAAGAAAUAACUACCCACCAGGGAAAUUACUUUGCUUGCUAACUGAUAUCAUCCCACAUUGGUGCAGGUGGUGUACAAUUCUGGUCCAGCAGGGAAGCCAGAUGGGGCCAGGUAUCUGUCAUGAGACCGCUAAAUGCAUGCUUGACUGAAGAUCCACCCAUCAUUUACUGGGAAGGUCUUCAGAUGAGUUCUUAGCUUCAGGAAGGAAGCACACAGAGGAGGGAAGUCUGAGGGGAGGGAGCCCCCUUGCUGGACAUGCUCGUGGGAGGUGGAGGAGCAGCAGGUCACUUGCACGUGCUGCCCUGGCUCUAUGCUUCCUCAUAGCUGUGGCCUUUCACUUCCCACAGUCCUAAGUCCCAGCUCCCCUUCUAUGGUUUCUGUCAAAAUGUGCUUUAUCUGAACAACUUCAAACAUCCUGAAAUGUCUCCUGCAGAUUUCUCAUGGGAACUAAUAUGUACAUGUUUGCAAUCAUGUUAUGAAAAUUUAAAUAUGUGAGAUGGAAAAUGCUGUUGGCAGGGAAUAAAAAAACAUAUUUGUGUUUCCUGCAGUGGGAACUGACUAUGUAAUCUUUAACUGUCUUUUGUACAAGUAUCUACGAACCAGAUAACAUCCCUAUCCAGUGCUUGCCGUUGGAAUUGUCUCUAAAUACAUCAAACACGUAAUAAUAAAAUACUGAAAUUAA